CCUCCUCAAGAAAAACGACGAACCUGAAAAACCUCCUCAGCUUCAAGGUUCCCGGAGCUUCAUUGCAGAAUGGAUUCGGCCUCCAAAUUCCUUCGUAGUUUAGCUAAUGCCACCAACAAAAACACCGUUAUCAACGUCUGUUUAGUCGUUUCCUUCGCCGCACUGACCGCAAGGUCAAUCAAGCAGGAGAGACAAAUUGAAGCUCUGGAAACCGAGAAAAAUUCACUUCUCAAUUCCAAUAAAGCGUUGAAGAAAACCAUGUGGGAUUGGAAGCAACAGCUAUUCGCCGAAGCCUCAACCGAAUCUGCUUUAGUCCCUCUUGCCAGGAUCAAAGCUAUCUAUGGCGAAGCUCCCAUUUCCCCUUCCGGAGCAGUAAAUGCCACAACCGAAGAUGCAACUUCACGAAGCUCCAAACUUAUGGUUUAAUGUUAGCUUCACUCAAGUUUUCCAGGUUUUGUUUCCUUUGUUCACAAAUUGGCUGAAGAAUCGAACUCCAUUAAGAUUUGCAUAUUUCUAUGCUCAAUGCUAAAAAAAGUAGUGCAGAAUAUAAGGAAUUAGAUUUUUCCUUCUUCAGGCACGUAUUAUCAACUUCAAAGUUAGAUAUCAUAUUCCCUACACUCACAUUUUCAGAAGGAAAAAAGAAAAAAAAAUCUUUUAGUUUGCCAUUAAAUGCUCUAGAAUAAAACAGCUGAUGUAGUCAAAAGCUCCAUGAUGACAAAGCAUCAUUAUACAACCUUUUGCAACUACUUUAAAAUAGGUUAAAGUGUGGUUUUAGUCUCGCACCUUGAAGAUUGUUUAGGUUUAGUUUCUUUUUAAUCUUCGCGCUUUUUAUAAAUUUUAAAGUUAAUUUGUUAUUGUUGA